GCGGCUCUCCCCGCCGCCGCCCAAACCCUCUGUUUUUCUCUCUCCUGCCAAUCCCCUCAUCGCCUCCGCUCCCACGCCGCCGAAUCCGAGACCUGAUCUCGGAUUCACCGCAGCGCGACCCCUCCGGCGAUCCGCGGCACCUCCUCCCCGACGCUUCAGCCAUGGCAGGAAUGGCACCGGAAGGUUCCCAGUUUGAUGCAAAGAACUAUGAUUCUAAGAUGCAGGAGCUGCUGAGCCAAGGUGAGACCGAGGAGUUCUUCACCUCAUAUGAUGAAGUUCAUGAGAGCUUUGAUGACAUGGGUCUCCAAGAGAACCUCCUCAGGGGAAUUUAUGCUUAUGGUUUUGAGAAGCCUUCUGCCAUCCAGCAAAGGGGGAUUGUUCCUUUCUGCAAGGGGCUUGAUGUUAUCCAGCAGGCACAAUCUGGAACAGGAAAGACUGCUACUUUCUGUUCUGGAAUCCUCCAGCAGCUUGACUAUGGUUUGGUUGAGUGCCAGGCCUUGGUCCUUGCUCCCACCCGUGAGCUUGCGCAGCAAAUUGAGAAGGUCAUGCGUGCCCUUGGUGACUACUUGGGUGUGAAGGUUCAUGCAUGUGUUGGAGGGACGUCAGUUCGUGAGGACCAGAGGAUUCUUGCAAGUGGAGUGCAUGUCGUUGUUGGUACUCCUGGUCGUGUGUUUGACAUGCUCCGUAGGCAGUCUCUGCGCCCUGACAACAUCAAGAUGUUUGUCCUUGAUGAAGCUGAUGAGAUGCUUUCCCGUGGAUUCAAGGAUCAGAUUUAUGACAUCUUCCAGCUGCUCCCAGGGAAGAUUCAAGUUGGUGUCUUCUCUGCUACCAUGCCCCCGGAAGCCCUUGAGAUUACCCGCAAGUUCAUGAACAAGCCUGUGAGGAUCCUUGUCAAGAGGGAUGAGCUCACCCUUGAGGGUAUCAAGCAGUUCUAUGUCAAUGUGGAGAAGGAAGAGUGGAAGCUUGACACACUGUGUGACCUGUACGAGACUCUUGCCAUCACCCAGAGUGUCAUCUUCGUGAACACCCGCCGCAAGGUGGACUGGCUCACCGACAAGAUGAGGGGCAGGGACCACACCGUCUCCGCUACUCAUGGAGACAUGGACCAGAACACUAGGGACAUCAUCAUGAGGGAGUUCAGAUCAGGUUCUUCACGUGUGCUCAUCACCACUGACCUGCUUGCUCGUGGUAUUGAUGUCCAGCAAGUGUCCCUGGUCAUCAACUAUGACCUCCCGACCCAGCCAGAGAACUACCUGCAUCGCAUUGGUCGUAGUGGUCGGUUUGGAAGGAAGGGUGUGGCCAUCAACUUUGUUACGCGUGAAGAUGAGAGGAUGCUGUUUGACAUCCAGAAGUUCUACAACGUGGUGAUUGAAGAGCUCCCAGCCAACGUUGCCGACCUUCUGUGAUCGUGCGGGCUGUGGAGAACAUAUGGUAAGGGGGGUGGGGGUCCUGACAGGGCUUUGUUUUUGUUGAAAUAUCACCAAGUUUCUUGUCUGUGGGGGAAGGCGGGUUUAAGGGAUAAAUGGUCUGCUGGGGUUCUACUUUAAAGUCGUUGUCGUGGACAAUUUGGGAUUUAUUAAGCCAUGUUUUGGGAAUUUUUGUAGUUGCUAGGCUGUGGUUCUAUGUGCUGGGGAGGGAGGCGUCGCUGCUCAUGUUGCUGUUGCUGGAGUCCUCACUUUAUUUGUUAAGACUAUGUAAUGACCGAAUGAUGUUAUUUGUUUGUGUCAUCCUUGACUCUUUACCUAUCGCAUGUAAUCCUGCAAUCGCUGCUAGUAAUGCUAUCGUUAUUCUGAUA